AUGUCAUUGCAAAGUAUACUGGAGAUUGAGUUGUUUGAUGUAUGGGGAAUUGACUUUAUGGGACCAUUCCUACUGUCAAUGGGCAAGGUGUACAUACUGUUAGCAGUGGACUAUGUCUCUAAGUGGAUCGAGGUUGUUGCCCUUCCUACUAAUGAUGCAAGGUCAGUAAUGAACUUUUUACACAAGAACAUUUUUAUAAGAUUUGGUACAGCUAGAGCCAUUAUUAGCAAUGAGGGGUCUCAUUUUUACAGUAAGUUGGUAGCUAAUGCUUUGCAACGAAAAAUGGUAAAUCCUACUCGUAAGGAUUGGUCUACCAGAGUGGAUGAAGCUUUGUGGGCGUAUCGUACCACAUACAAAACUCCAUUAGGGAUGUCACCUUUUAAUCUUGACUAUGGCAAACGACGUCACCUUCCUGUUGAAAUUGAGCACAAGGCAUUUUGGGCUAUUAAGAAGCUGAAUAUGGAUUGGGUCACUGCUAGCCAUAUAAAGUUGUUAGAAUUGAAUGAAAUGGUGGAGUUCCAAGUGCAAGCACAUGAGAAUGAUAAGUUGUACAAGGAAAAGACCAAGCGUUGGCAUGAUAAAAGAAUCGUGCCGCAACAAUUUGAAUCAGGACAACAAGUGUUGUUACUUAACUCUAGGAUCAAAUUAUUUCCUGGUAAAUUGAAGUCUUGCUGGUCAGGUCCUUUUGAAGUAGCCCAAGUGUAUCCUCAUGGAGAUGUUAAUAUCAAAGGAUUGAAAAAGGGGGUCACAUUUAAGGUUAAUGGGAAACGUUUAAAAUAUUACUAG